AUGCAGUCGUUUCUAGAACAACGAAGAAUCUACAGACAGCUUGAGAAACAGAUUGUCGUCAAACGAGAAUCCAACAAUGCCUGGACCCAUGAGCGUCGUUACUGGUAUCCUGAAGAAGGAGGAAUCCAGUCCGAUGAGCAAUACCCUGAUGAUGGAAUAGCAGCAGACCGGCGUCGAGAGCACGGGCAGCGAACAAUGAUCUCCGGACCCGCACUUGAGCCUCGACACCAGUUACGGGCACACCUAGGAAGAGAAGAGGACAUCGAGCGGCAGGACUGUCACCCGGAGCUUAAUGCUGAGCCCUUUACUAUCAAUACAAGAGACGCUCUAGGAACUGACGUCGACAUGAUGGUGACUGGUGUGGAGGGCCAGCGAACCAGAAGAGAUAUGAGUACAGAUAUUGGUGGAUCAACCACAGGGAGCGAUACUGAUGAGAAGGAAAAGAUUAUAGUUGUUACCUAUGAAGGAGACUGCGAUCCUGCAGACCCGCAUAAUUGGUCAUUUUUAUCCCGGUGUGCAACUACUGUCCUCCUCUCUUUCCUUGGAGCUAUCAUUAUAUGGUCGUCUACUAUUGAUGGCACCGCCAUAAAGAAGACAGAAAAGGAGUUCCAUACAACCUUCGAAAUUGAGACUUUACCAACUGCUCUGUUUCUUAUCGGCCUCGGACUCGGUGCAUUGAUCACGGCACCUAUCUCCGAGCUUGUCGGACGCAACCCUGUCUAUCUCACAUGUCUUCCGGCCUUCAUGAUUUUCGAUAUGGGUGCAGGACUCUCCAAAAAUGUUGCUCAGCGGACGGUAUGUCGUGGGCUUGCUGGAACCUUCGGCUCUGCACCUUUAGUCUGUUCAGCGGCUGCUCUCGUCGACAUCUGGUCUCCAAUUGAGCGGAACUACGCCUUUCCUUUCUUCUCCAUUGUAGCCUUCCUAGGGGCAACUCUUGGCCCUGUUCCGGGCUCCAUUAUAGCCUGGACCCACGCCGUUAGCUGGAGAUUUGUAGACUGGAUAACGAUUAUCUUUGCUGGGCUAAUCCUCUUCCCGACUAUAUUCUUCCUCCCGGAGACCUACAGUCCCAUAAUCCUGCACUGGAAAGCUAAGAAUCUCCGUCGUUUGACAAAAGACGAUAGAUAUCGGGCUCCUCUCGAAUUCAAAACCAUGAGCUUCAGUAAGCGACUUCGCCGAGCACUAUACCGUCCCUGCAUCCUCCUAUGGACAGAACCCAUCAUCAUCAUCUUCAGCGGCUAUCUCGGCAUCAUCUUCAUCGUACUCUACACUUUCUCCGCUGGCUUCCCAUCCGUUUUUGAAGAAGUCUACAAACUCAACGGAGGACAGCUAGGUCCCACAUUCCUCAGUAUCGCAGUCGGUGUUCUACUCACAAUUCCCUUAAUUCCGUUCACCCAAUAUCUAAUUCGGCGCGACAUCUACCGAGCCCGAGCCCGGAACCAAUCUCGACCAGGUCCAGAAUUCAACCUCUACCUUUCCAUGUUCACAGCUCCAUUUUUCACCAUCUCUCUUUUCUGGAUGGGCUGGACCUCCCGCCCUAAAAUCUCAUUAUGGUGUCCUCUCAUCGCAGCCGUUGCCUUCGGCUUCGGAGCCCUCGGCAUCUUUGUCUCAAGCUAUCAAUAUGUCGCUGCGGCAUUUGAAAAUCAUUCUGCGUCAGCAUUGGCUUCGCUGCAGAUGUUCAGGCUUGUGGCCGCUGGUAUUAUGGCUUGUAUUGCUCAGAUUAUGUAUGAUAAUCUGGGUGUUGCGUGGAUCAUGACGCUUUUGGGUGCUAUCGCUUUGCUUUUCCUACCUGUGCCUUAUGUUAUGUUUUUAUAUGGGCCUUAUAUUAGGCGGUGGAGUCGGCAUGCUUCAUCAAGUUCAUGCGAGGGGUGA